AUGUCUACAGAUUCAAUUCAGUCAUCUUCUACACUACGACCAUAUAUUGGUGCACGUCGAAUUCGGAGUUAUUUAAGUGAUAACGCAAAAACUUCAUCUUUAUCGAACAAUUGUUUUUCUUCAACGGCUCCUCUAUCAGAAUCAACUAUAAUCAGUGAGUCUGAGCAAAAUAAUGAUUUAUCAAAUGUAAAAACAGCGGGCGCUUUUCAAACACAAGAGGAAGAACAACUUCCAUUGAAGCGCUUCUCAUCUGCGAUUCUUCAAGACGAGCGACAGCCGUAUCUGCAAGAAGACCAGAAAGUAAAAGGAUUUUUGCCGUCAACAUUAUCGUCAUCACGUUUCUUCUCUCCAACUACUCACAACAUUACGCCUUUAUCUGUCUACGACUAUUCUUCUUCUUCUUCUUUUUCUUCUCCUACUUUCGUUACAGAGCAACAACAUUUUCACUAUCCUUCUCGUCAAUACGAACAACAUUCAUACUACCAACCAUUGAAUAGUGAAAAAGAAAAUAAGCAACUUACAGCUUUAGAAAAAUUUGAACAACCAUUAGAAGAACAGCAAAAACAAAAACAAUCAUCGACAAAUUUAAUAUCGAUUCGUAAUCAAAACGUUGAUUCAACCGACGCCCCCGAAGAAAAUAGUUUGCUUUCAUCAACCUCCUUUUCUUUAACUGACACAACCGUAGAGAAUAAUAACAGCGAUAAUCAAUCCUACCUUUUAACGUCGACACCCAUUAUUUCUCCCCUCCUAUUUCAUAGUGCAACAGCAAAUAACAAAAUAUUCCCUACAUUAUUAUCUGAUAAAAACAAUAAUAGCCAGCUACAACCUUUACAAUUAGACAGUACAUUAGAUCAAUCGUCUAUUAUAUCAACAAACGGCUUAAUAAGUGAUAUUCAACGUGUAGUCGAUGUUAGCCCAUUAAACAAGAUGUCAUCAUUACGAUAUUCAUCAAAUUUAGGUGAUAGUACAAUAGGAACACAUCCGUUUGAUCAACGAAUUACCGAUCAAGGCAAUAAAUAUAUAAUUCAACUUAAAACUGAUGAAUACCAAGAAAAUGAAUUUACAAUAAAACCACGUUAUUCACUGAAUCAAUUAGUUAUUGAUGCUAAACAUCGUGAAGAAGAUAGUUUUGGUGGCUAUGUACAUCGUGAACUACAUAAAAUUUUUAACAUUCCAAAGCAUAUCGAUAUAAAUCAAUUUACAUAUUCGUAUAAUAAACAAACACAAGAAUUAGCAAUUGAAAUGCCGUAUUUACAAGCAUCGACAACUAUUAACGAAAAUCAACAUAGUUCAUCGUUUAAUUCGUCUACAAAUAACACAACGGAAUCAUUAAAUCAUUCUUAUGAAAAUGGGAAUCGAAUCAAUGAUGAAAAUAUCUUAUCAACGAAUUUAACUCGUUCAAAUUAUUAUAAUGAUAGUAACAAUACAAGUGGUAUUGGAACAACAGCAGCUGAUGUAACAUUCAAUCCAAGUUUAAAUACAACAGCUGCACCGAUUUAUGAAUCAUCAAUAGGAAGUACGAAGCCAUUUGAUUUUGAUUUAUUUCACCGAUCUGCUUUUCGACCACAAAUUCGAACAACAUCAGAUGAUAAUAAUAAAAAAUUAACUAUGUCAUUAGAUUUAAGUGAAUAUCAACCUGAAGAUAUAAAAGUAUCUGUUAAAGACGGCGAAUUAAUUGUUAAAGCUGAAAGAAAAACCGAAACUGAUACACGUAAAUCUCGUACGUCAUUUUUCCAGUCAACUAGUUUACCGCCACAAACAGACAUCGAUCAUCUUCAAUCAAAAUAUAUUGAUGGAAAAUUAGUUAUUGAGGCUCCUUAUCUUGAUAAAAACAGUAGCGAAGGAAAAACUAUUACUACCGGUACUAGUACAACACAUCAAGGACAGAAUUGGCCAAGAGCAACCGAAUCGCAACAGCAAACUACCUACGAUGAUCCGUUCGAACAACGAACAGAGACUAUUACAGAAUUUGUUCGUCGUCUACCAUUAUAA